CACUUCCCCUACCAGCUCCUCAGGGGACUGGGUCAACCUGGACCUUGUCACUUUCUGCUCCUGGCUGCCACUACUCAGAGACUAUGGAACUGUGGAGGCAACUGAGGCAGGUGGGACUGGUGCCCCCAGGACUGGGCCCACUUCCCCGCGCCCUGAGGGCCCCCCCGCCAGUGAGGAGAGCUGGCCAGACCCUCUCGUUCCCAGGAGUAGACACUGCAGGUGCCAGGGAGAGUCUGCUGUGGAUCUUGGAGGAGCUGGGGCGCCUCCGCCAAGUGGACGUCCAGCUGCUGGGCCAGCUGUGCAGCCUGGGGCUGGAGAUGGGGGCUCUGCGGGAGGACCUGGUCACCUUCCUGGAAGAGGAGGAGAGCCUCGUGGAGGAGGAGGAGGACGAGGAAGAGCCCGAGGGGAAGCAGGAGGAGGGACACUUGGGGAUCUCCUUCUCAGCCCCAGGCCACCAACUCCCGGACUUUGAGAUGACGAUCUGAGGCCCUGCCAGGUGCUUCUGAUUGACACACGAACGAGAUGCAAAUUUAGGCAAAGGAGGGGGGAUUUGCAGGUCAACUCAACCUGCCGACACAGAUUUGGAAUCAACACCUGUUCCUUAAGCAAAUACAUUCUCUGAAGAUGUCUGCACGGAGAUUGAGGGGCUGGCCUGGGACCCCCGGGGUGUGUUUGCAGGCGAGGUGGGAGCUUUGCAGAGAAACUGUAGGUAUAUUUGCAGGUGGGUUGCAGGGGAGACGUGGGUCUUUGCAAACAGGAUGGAGAUGCUGGCAGGUGGGCAAGGCUGCCCAGUAUGGCGCCCCCCCCACAAGUGGCUGUUGAGCACGUGAAACAUGGCUGGUCUGAAGUGAGGUGCAUGGGACACGGAACUACAGAUCGAAUUUCGAAGGCUUCCUAUGAUCAAAAGAAUAUUUAAGACAUUUCAACAAUCUAAAAAUUUUGUUGAGAUGUUAUUUUCUGCAUAAUGGGAUAAAUCAACAUAUUACUAAAAUUAGUUUCUCCUGUGUAUUUGAAAAUUUUUUUAAUGUGGUAAAAUGUAUAUAAUGAGUUACCAUU